AUGGCGACUCCAACCCGCUUUACACUUGUCUUCAAUGUGCCCGCACCAGCUCUCGAGGCCUGCAAGUCCGCCAUCUUUGCAGCUGGCGCUGGCCGCUAUCCUGGUGCAGGGAACUAUACCGAGUGCUGCUAUACUGUCAUGGGCACUGGCCAGUUCCGACCUGGACAGUCUGCGAAUCCGCAUAUCGGCAGCGUGGGUGCUCUUGAGGAGGUUCAGGAAGCGAGAGUCGAAACGCUUUGUGUUGGAGAAGAGGUUGUUAGAAAAGCGGUUGCGGCGCUCAAGGCCGCACAUCCAUACGAGGAGCCUGCUUAUGGGGUGUUUAGAAUGGAGGACUUUUAA